CGCCCAAGCCCAGCCCAGAAAGAAAUUGGGUCCUUAGAUUUCGAGCCAAGUUCAGGGGUCGAGUUCUGGUCCUUCAGCGCCCUCAGCCCAGACCGGUGCAACCCUUGCUUAUACCGGAUAACCCUCCCCAGGUAGGAAGACUGGCUAUCCAGGACGGGCUAAUACCGGACAAACGCCAGAAAGCUUACUAGCGAGAAGAUCAGAUCUAGGUAGACGACGACAGACGCGCUCUCUCUACUCUCUCUCUCUCAAUGGAAGUCGCACGAGAACCUCAAAGAGUACAAGCCCUAGCACAAGCCUGCCUAUCCCACAUCCCAUCCCAAUACAUCCAACCCCCCGAAAAACGGCCGCAAUUUCGCCGGAAAGCGUCGGAUUCCGGUGUCCCCAUCAUCGACCUCCACAGUUUUGACCCCAAUCUCUCUGGCGACGUACGUCAGAAGCUCCGUCAGUCAUGCCGGGACUGGGGCGCCUUCCAGGUCACAAAUCACGGUGUGCCGCAGCGAUUGCUCAACGACAUUAGGGCCGUCGGCCUCUCCUUUUUCAAUUCUCCGAUCGAGGAGAAACUGAAAUACGCUUGCGAUCCGAAUUCCGCUGCUACGGAGGGCUACGGAAGCCGGAUGCUGUCAAAAGACGAUAGCGUCCUUGAUUGGCGGGAUUACUUCGAUCACCACACGUUGCCGGAGUCUCGGCGUAAUCCGAGCCGUUGGCCUGAAUUCCCGCCAAAUUACAGAGAAGUUGUAGUGGAGUAUAGUGAAUGCAUGAAGGUGCUUGCACAAAAGCUUCUGCGUAUGAUCUCUGAGACUCUCUCCCUGCCAUCUUUGUACAUUGAAGAGGCAAUUGGGGAAGUCUACCAGAAUAUCACUAUCAGUUAUUAUCCACCUUGCCCGCAGCCAGAGCUUGCUCUCGGCUUGCAAGCUCAUUCUGACAUGGGUGCCAUCACACUAUUGAUACAAGAUGAGGUUGGGGGUCUUGAAGUAUUGAAGGAUGGUGAAUGGGUAACUGUACAGUCUUUAUCCGAUGCCAUCGUCGUCAUUUUGGCAGACCAAACUGAGGAUGUCUUGCUGAUUGGACCGAGGUUGUGUGGCUUGUCUUCUUGUGCAUGCACACUUGUACAUGCACCAUAUGGUUCUAAACCUAAGUUGGUUUCUGAAGUUCACCUAGUUUCAGAUUCAAUGGCUGGGAUCAAGGGUGGAUGCUCAGAUCAUAUUGUUCACAGGAAUAUCACACCUUACUAUUUGCUACUCUAGCAUUUGUCUUGGAUCUAUUCUACAUUUUUGUAUAAAUCAAAAGAAAAGGUUGCUAGGAUUUGGUGUUUGGUUUUCAGUUUCCUUGCAAAAGAGCCUACCACUCUUGGGUUAGUACCACUGUUUAGCCCAAAAUUUAUUUAAAAAAAAAAAAAAAAAGUUAACCGAAUGAAAAUCAAAUCAAAUUAAUUUGUAGUUUAGCUUUUCUUCACUUCUUUUGAAAAUCGGGACAAAGAGGGAAAAGAAGAUGAAAAAAAGGGGUUGAGUUCGGUGCGCAAGCUAGAUAUUGAAAUGGCAUACGGUCAUGUGGUAUGGUCUUUUCUAGACUAUAUGCUUGGCCAUUUGGGUUGUGAGUCUUGUGACGAGAAAUGGAAAAGGUGGAUGAGCGAGUGCGUUCGGUUGGCGACGCUCUCUGUUCCUGUCAACGGUUCUCCAAUAGGUUUCUUUCAAAGCUCAAGGAGUAUUCGAUAGGGAGCUCCUCUCUCUGUUCUUAUUUGUGAUAGUGGCAGAAGCCUUAGGCAGAAUAUUGGAAAGAGGGCAACAAGAGGGGCUUUUAGUGGCUUCAGGGUUCUUAGAGAUUUAAUACCGAUUUCGCAUCUUCAAUUCGCAGAUGAAACAUUUUUUUGUGAAGCAAAGCGGGACAUGGUGGACUAACUUCAUAUGGUGGUUAGAUGCUUCAAAGUAGUGUCGGGUUUGAAAGUGAAUAUUGCCAAGAGCAAAAUGUUGGGUAUUCGAAUGACAAACGAAGAGGUGGGUCAAAUGAGGGUGAGCAUCUGAUUUAUGGAAAGGUUUGUUGAGCAUGAAAGCAAAGUUCAUGAAAGGGAUCAGCUUCUCUUUAGGUAAUGGGGAGAAAAUUCAGUUCUAGAAGGAUGUGUGGGUGGAGAAUCUCCUCUUCAAGAUGUUUUUCCAACUCUAGCCAGAAUGACGAUUGACAUUGACCUCCUGGUUUCAAGGUGCUUCUUGAGUAAUGAUGGUGGCUCACUGUGGUUGCCCCUGUGCUGUAGGAAUCUUUGUGAGGUGGAGAUCAAUGACUUUGUUAUGCUCUUAAAUAAUAUUCAACUCUGAGUCAGUGGAUCACUUGUUCAUCCAUUGCCCGUUUGCUCAUGAGGUUUGGGCUAACUUUCUCAAAGUUUUUGGUAUGUCAUGGUUGAUGCCAAGCUCAAUGGAGGAGUUGCUUUCUUCUUGGCACAGGGCGAUGCUCGGUAAGUAAGAUUGGGUGGUGUGGAGAUUAUGUUUGCUAGCCAAGUUAUGGUCUAUUUGGGGGGGAAAGCCGGAAAGGAAUGGGAGAUGCUUCAAGAAUUUGAGCCCUUGUGAUUGGAAGGGCUAAGAAUUGCUUGGUAGCUUGGAUCUCUUAUAUAGAUGCUCUUAGAGAUUGUAAUCUUCCUCUUUUUUAAAAUGAAUUGUUUGUUUUUAUUCUGUAUGGGUUGUAGUGGGUACGCCUUCUUGGCAUUUUUCCAAUAAAGCUUUGCUCUUAAAAAAAUAAACUCAGUGUAAACUAGCAAGCUUACUUGGUCUAGUUGAUGGGGCCACUGGUUGGGUUUUGAUUCCUUUGUCCUUUUCGGUGGACUGGUAGGUAGUAUACAAACAUUGGGGCUUGUUUGGGAGGAUGGAAUUGAAACCUUGGAUUCUAAUCUUGGUUCUGCUUGGCAGCAUGGAUUUUCAAAAUCCUAGAUUUCAAAAAUUGUGUUUGUGAGCCUGGAUUUUGACUCUUGGAUUCCUGGAAUUAUCUUCUAGCAUAUUCACAAGAUAAUGAAUUUGAUGAAUUAAAUGCUCUCAAAUAUUCUAAACAUGAUAUAAAUGUGUAACGUAAGACGAGAUUGCACUUAGUCCAUUCUAAGAUAACAUUGGCCUCAAAAUAAGGCAAUUUCAAACUUUUGGCGGCUCAUAAAAGUGGGCCCAGUAAUUUCAUAAUUGAAGCAAAAUUCUAUAUUUCUUUUUUGGGUGGUUGCCAUAUUUUUCUCUACGGUGCAACCCCCAUAAUGAUUGCAUAGGCUUUAUUUUUAUAGCAUCCCAUCGUUAUGCUGUGAAUGCAAGUGAAAACAUCUAAUGGUAUGAAUGAAUAUGAAUACCGUAGGAGAGGAGGAGAUGGUAGUUAUGACCGUUAGAGAUGACCCCAAAGUCCUAGAUUUUGCAAGCUAGGUGUAUCCCUUGGAAUUGAAAAAAAAGGUGAAAAUCCUGGAUUUUGAACCACCCCAGAAUUGAAAUCCAGGAUUUUCAGGGGUGCCAAAUAACCCCACUUUUACAAAUUUUGGAUUUCAAUUUCCAACUGCCCAAAAUCCAGGAUUUUGAGGGGGUGCUAAAUGACCGCUUAAAUCCAAGGAAUUGCAGUAACUCAACUGAGGUUCUUUAUCUUGAUCUCCUUCACUUUCCCAUCAUGUGAAUCAGUUUUUUCCAUUCAUGUAGGAACAUUCAGAAAUACAAGCACAUGCAAGCACAUUCCCGCUUGUAAAUGCCAUAUAUAAUGAAUAUUAGGGGUUUGCAUAAACCCUUGGCACAAAAUGCAGAUUAUGUAACUAUGCUCAACAAAUAAAUAAUACACGUUGCAUUUUUUCUCUGACAACCUGCUGUGUUAAUCUAGUUUUGGAGCAGAUAUAGUUCUACAAUGCCACUGGUGAAAGACAUCCUUCAGAUCAUAUACUUCUGCAGGAAUUGGAGUUUAUCAUUUUUCACCCUUAAUACCGUAUGGGAUGACAAAAUAAAAAAGUUCUGCUAGUAUAUUUUUUAAUGUGGGAGUGCCAUUACCGUAUUAUCAUUGACUCUUUAAGAUUUUCAUUUU